GAACGAUACCUGCGACUUCGCAAAGUUGCUAGGACACCGCUUAUCCCGGAACUGUUUGUCGAGGUAUUGAUUCAACAUAUGAAAGAAAAGGUGGAACAUACCUCCAACCAUGAAGCGUUUCUUGAUGCAGAUGAUAGCCGUUCAACUGGUAUGCACUGAGGUUGAGAUAGAGCGACUGGUCACACCUGCGUCGCCCAGUCCUGUAGCACCGAUCACCCUUUCGAUAUUGUCAUCUCCAAGAGUCGUAAGUGUAGCUGUUUUCGGUGUGUUUCUAAUAAUUCCUUGGAAAAGUAUGGCGGACGUUCGAUUUGCAGCGGCUUCAAAAGAGGCGGCGAGUCGCAGCUAUCUUGCAUUGCAGUGUUGUCAGUGGGUGGAUAUCGAGUUGAGACGCAUGCCGAAAGGAGCUCUGUGUUUUCAUGUAGCCAUUCGUACAAGCAGAUGGGUUCCUCGAUAUCAUACCCCCGCACCUGGACAUAGAACGGAACUACUCUCCACUGAUGGCUGUUUCUACAUGCAUAUAUUUGACUCCAAUAAGUGGGUCACUGGUUGCAGCAGUAUGCGGCAGUCGUGCAGACAUUCAGGAGAUCGGUGUGGGUAAGGGAGCUUUUAGAUAAGACCCACUUGAGUAAAACAAGACUUAGUGGAUGAUCUCGCGCGUUUAACAGAGUCAAAGGUGCUGGACAGUGUGACCUCCUUAUUCUAGGUGAGGGAGUACGUGUAGUCUUU